AUGGUUCUCCACGACGUCAAUAAGGCGUGGGACACCCUCACCGACAACGAAAAGCGUCGCAUCUUCGCCAUCUGGUGCACCCAGCCUCCACCGACCAUCGAUUGGAAGACACUCGCCGCCGCUCUCGGCUCUUCAUCCAGCGAGGCCAACCGCGUCGCUCACUUCAACGCCUUGAAGAAGCUGAGAACCGCCGGCGCUGUGAUCGAAGGUAACGGAACACCAUCAGCCAGCGCUGCCACUACUCCUACACCUACGCCGAAGAAGCCACGUGCGAAGAAGGGCAAAGCCGAUGGGGAUGAUGCCGGCGGUGAUGACGCUACUCCCAAGCCAACCCCGACACCUAAGAAACCACGCUUGAAGAAGGAGAAGGAAGGUAGGGAAGAUGCCGGCAGCAAUGACGCUACUCCGAAGCCUAAAGCUACGCCAAAGAAACCGCGCGGCACGAAGCGCAAGGCUGAGGAUGACGGUAGCGGCGACGAAUCUGGCGGCGAUGGCGAAGCUCCUACCACGCCGGUUCGCAAGGUGAUCAAGAAGGCGGUUACUCCGACGAAAAAGGAGAUGGAGGUGGACAAUGAGGGUUAA